CGGGGAUACAGUUUCCCCGGCAUGUUCCUCUAGCGCUACACGCUCGGACUAACGUCAGAGCCUCGAUUGAAAAGAAAAAUAUAUUCUCUCUGACUCACUCAAAUGAAUUUAACCCCUUCAUCACCCUUUACCACGGCGAGAGGCGCUGAGCAUCAUCGACGUGCUGCGAAACUAGCGAUCGAGACACAUGUGGCCACUGCGGUGAAACCGAAUGGCGGCGAGGGGCGGCAGGUGCAAGGCUAUCCAGGGAGCAUCAGGAGGGAAUGCAUGCCUGUUCAACAUGUGAGCAAUUAAUUCAUGAACGAAUAUCCUUAGUCACUGGCAUCAACACGUCUUGACAUCUGUGACAUACUGGGAGACACAACCGUUUGGGGUAGUUUAAUUAGUUGUCAUGCAACGCAGUCUCCAUAAACUGUUUUAAAAAAUGAUAAUGACAGCUGUGCUCCAUCAGCAUGGGUGUUAUUUAAUGAUCUCGCGCGCAUUGGCUUGGCACUGUGUGGACGAGCACGCGGAUGCUGUAUUGCGCCUCUCAGCUGUUUCGGGACCUGAGCGCCUUUGCGCUGAUUGAUACACAAAGCGACAUAAAACUCGACAUGCUGUGGACAUCAUGCCCUAAGGAUUGUAUUUCCUCUCGAUUUUGUUUUAGUUGAUCGGGAGGAACGCGUUGCGAUCAACCGCAACAGAAGAUCAAUAAUCAUUUGUUCGGUUUAAACUCGUCGAAUUUGGAUAUUUUAAUCUACUUUGAUGCCAUCACUUUGGGACAUUCGACACAUCGCCUCAUUAUCGCGCAGCUGUACGCGUUGGAGAUGCGCGAUUGUCUUCAAGGACUGUCUGGGCAAUAAGUGUGAAACCGCUCGUGAGUAAACGACCAAUGCGUGCAUGAAACAUUAAUGAUAGAUGUAAUUAUUUUACAUUGAAGAGAGAUUAGUCUUCAGAAAUAAUGGAAUGAAGGCGCAAAGAAGUAGUGUGUUAUGGAAUAACCAAAUAUUGUGUUGAACGGACUUUGCAAUGAGUUGAAAUGCAUCAUGCGUUGGAAAUUUAAUUCCAUGUCUUACGAUGCAUAAUGAUGAGCAAUAUUAAUGGCUUGAAUGAAGAGAUCUUGGUUUUGUAAUGAGGGUGCGAAGGAGAGAGAAGGGGGAACUGGGUUGUUCUGAAAGACAUGCGCACACCUCCCAGAAGCCAAUUUAGUAUUGCAGUGGAUUUAUCAGAAGAACUUUGGUCCGUCUCUCUCUUUCUUUACCUUUCCAUCUCAAUCGCCUCUGGAAUAGAAUGACUCCUGACGAAAAUGUCUCCCAAACACUUCAGUCUUGAAUAUGAGUCAUGAAUAGACGGCCAGAAAACCGCUGCAGUGUUUCAACUUCACAUUUGAAAGAGAAACGGAAGAGGAUGCACGCCAGAGAAAUGGACGAAAGGAAAUUGGCUUUCCUUCCUGUGUAAUGGAUAUUUGCUGACUUGGCUUUUUGCGGUGCAUCCUUACCUUGGACUUGAGGUGCUGGGAAUGUUCCAUGAUGACUUUGUCAAAUUAGUUGUUUGUUCACUUUCAUUACCUAAUGAGAGUAAUAAAUGGCUAAAUGAUUGAUGAAGUUCAUUUCUGCAAACUGGCUUUGAUCUCAAUUCCAUGAUUCCUUGGUGGCAGUGGAAAAAUGCCACAUUUGACAGAAGAAUAGCAAUGCACACAUAAACAAACACAUGUUCACACCAAUCGUAAACAAACAAACAAAUCCCCUCAUUAACAUUAUCAUCACCCCUUGAAUGUGAAUACAAAUUCCCAAUAUGGAAUUUCCUCAUCGCUUUCCAGUACUGUGACUUCCAAAGCUGAAUUUAACUUUGGGGAAUCUCAGAUUAAAACCACUGACUAUUUUACUCUGGUAACUCAACUCUAACUCCCAACACAUUUCCUUCUCUCCCCCCCACCCGCUCCACGUGGGGGGGAGAGCUUCCUCUUACGGGGUGAUCCCAGAAGCUUGUCCCAGCAGACGGUGACCGUUACGCAAGUGUCCAUCAACAUGGAUGCUGGGCAGGGCAGCCCGGAGAGCCCUAACCGGGCGGUGGAGUACCUGCUGGAGCUCAACAACAUCAUCGAGAGCCAACAGAAGCUUCUGGAAACUCAACGGCGGCGCAUUGAGGAGCUUGAAGUGCAGCUGGACCGGCUCAGCCAGGAGAACAAAGACCUGAGGUUGGACCGACAGCCCUUCCCGCCCCCACCUCCACCUCCCAUCCACCCCGUCCAGCCACCUACUUCCAACGCUGCAACCUCCACCAACAUAUACGCCAAUCAGAGCCACAACAGCGGGCCCAUCCCGAUACCCAUCCCGGCUCCGGCUCCGGCUCCCCCACCUCCACCUCCACCCGUGCCAGCACGGGACCGGCGCGUCAAUGCCAACACGCACACGAGGCUCGGCCAAAGCCUGUCAGCUGGAGCUAAUGCCACGGGGCGAGAGAGGGACCGAGACCGGGAACGAGAAAGAGACGGCGCCGCUACCAGUUUGGGAAGCUCUCUGCAGCGACGUGUGGAGGGACAUCCUCAGUGUCCGGACACGGCUAGCUUUUCCGACAGCACCUGUAGUCAGGGCCCAUACCUGGGCAACUCAGAGCGCUACGGGAACAUCCGAAACAUUCCUGGCCCUCAGGAGCCUCCUGUGGCCCCUUCGAGCCCAGCGACCCUGACCUGGGCGCAACGGACCCGCAACCAGCCCGCCAGCCUGGCACUCCGCAAGCAAGAGGAAGAAGAGAGCAAGCGCUGCAAAGCGCUCUCUGACAGCUAUGAGCUCUCCACGGACCUGCAGGACAAGAAGGUGGAGAUGCUGGAGAGGAAGUAUGGCGGUUACUUCCUGAGCAGACGAGCGGCUCGCACGAUACAGACGGCGUUCCGGCAGUAUCGCAUGAACAAGAACUUUCAACAGCUGCGCAGUUCCGCCUCUGAAAGCCGAAUGACUCGCCGGAUCAUCCUGUCAAACAUGCGUUCGCAGUAUUCGUUUGACGAACGACAGCCACAGGUUCAGCCCCAGACACCCCAGCAGCAGCAAGGUCGAUAUACCAGCCAUCACACUUCGACUCUGGGCACAGCUAGCCAGACAGGAACCACAGACUCACAGCAGGAGACUGACUCACCUGCACACUGUCCUUCAGACAGAGAGGAGUACUCGCGUGCAGACGAUGCUUUCAACAAACAGGUGACAUCUCUGGCUGACACUAUGGACGACACUCUGACGUGUCAGUCUGGCCGAGGGGACUCUCAGGAUGGUGGGGGAGGAGGUGAGGAGAGCAAGGAUUUUGGCGAGUGUGUAUGGAGCCGCAAACCUACCUCGCGUAGGGUGGUCAUGGGGGAGCAAGAACGUCUGGGGGUUAUGCACGAGGACAGCACAGCUACCUCGUACAGCGACGUCACGCUUUAUAUGGACGACGGCAUGCCGUGUUCUCCACUAUCCAUCGAGCGGGUUCCCUCCAGCACGGACACCGAGUACUGGGGCGUCAGCAGCGGGGUCGGAGGACGCGAAGACAGCCGGGAUACAGAGGGCGGUGGGACCAAUAACAGCCGGCGUAGCACGCCAUGCACCGAAUGCAGAGAUUUCCGGUUGCGGGGGUCACACCUCCCCGUUCUCACCAUAGAGCCACCUAGUGACAGCUCUGUUGACAUGAGUGACCGUUCAGAUCGAGGCUCCCUCAGCAGGCAGCUGCUUUACGAGCAGGAGCCUACGGCGGGUGGAUCACCUCAAGGGACUCUCAAACACAACCCCGUCCCUCGCACGCCAAAUCCCUGUGUGGCACAGGGCCAGACGCGACCCCCGGGUCGCCCCAUCCCUUCCCCUCUUCCAACACACGUACCACACCACACAAUGAUGCACCACCAUCACCACCCACACCUUCACCAUCCGUUGCACCACCACCCUAUGCCGCACAUCCAUCACCCCUACCCAGACCCCACGUCUCCCUCACCCACUCAGCCUCCACUCACGCCACUUUCUUCCUCGUCCUCCGCGCCACUGCCCACUACUGGCCUGGAGCACUCGGAUGGGGACAACGACUCCCUGAACUCUACCACCAACUCCAAUGAGACUAUCAACUGCAGCUCAGGCUCUUCGUCUAGGGACAGUCUAAGGGAACCGUUGCCUCCUCUAGGAAAACAGACCUAUCAGAGAGAGAGCAGGCAUAGCUGGGACUCACCCGCCUUCAACAAUGACGUGGUGCAAAGGAGGCAAUACCGCAUCGGACUGAACCUCUUCAACAAGAAACCAGAGAAGGGGAUCCAGUAUUUGAUAGAGAGGAGUUUUGUCUCAGACACACCUGUGGGCAUUGCACGUUUCAUCCUGGAGAGGAAAGGCCUAAGUAGACAGAUGAUCGGGGAGUUUCUGGGAAACCGACAGAAACAAUUCAACAAGGAUGUGUUGGACUGUGUGUUGGAUGAGAUGGAUUUCUCAGGCAUGGAUCUGGAUGAUGCCCUGAGGAAGUUUCAGGCUCAGAUUAAGGUUCAGGGGGAAGCCCAGAAGGUGGAGAGACUAGUAGAGGCCUUCAGUCAGAGAUACUGCGUCUGCAACCCUGCACUCGUCCGCCAGUUUCAGAACCCAGACACGAUCUUCAUCCUGGCAUUUGCCAUCAUCCUUCUCAACACAGACAUGUACAGCCCCAACGUCAAAGCUGAGAGGAAAAUGAAGCUGGAGGAUUUUAUUAAGAACCUUAGAGGAGUGGAUAAUGGACAGGAUAUUCCCAGGGAUUUGUUAGUGGGCAUCUACCAGCGCAUUCAGAAAUGGGAACUCAGGACAAAUGAUGACCACGUGUCUCAAGUGCAGGCCGUGGAGAGGGUUAUCGUGGGCAAGAAACCUGUGCUUUCUCUGCCACAUCGCAGGCUAGUGUGCUGUUGUCAGCUGUAUGAAGUCCCUGACCCCAAUCGACCCCAGCGGAGUGGAGUUCACCAGCGCGAGGUCUUCCUCUUUAAUGACCUGCUAGUGGUAACAAAGAUCUUUCAAAAGAAGAAGACGUCUGUGACGUACAGUUUCAGACAGUCUUUUCCCCUGGUGGAGAUGCAGGUUCAUAUGUUCCAGAACUCCUACUAUCCUCACGGUAUCAGACUGACAUCAGCGAUGCCCGGCAGCGAGCGUAAGGUCCUGAUUGUGUUCAAUGCGCCGAGCCAGCAGGACCGAACACGCUUCACCAGCGACCUGCGUGAGAGCAUCGCUGAGGUUCAAGAUAUGGAGAAAUACCGUGUAGAGUCUGAGUUAGAGAAGCAGAAAGGUGUGAUGCGUCCAGGGCUCUUGAGUGGAGAAGGGGGCGGGGUUGGCGGAAUGAAGACUGAAGCUGUGAACGGCACUCUGGGUAGGCCCAGUCUGGAUGACACGUACACUGCAGGGGAGGGGCUUAAACGAACAGCACUUAGCUCCUCACUGAGAGACCUCUCUGAGACAGGAAAGCGAGGCCGUAGAAACAGCGUUGGCUCUUUGGAUAGUACUAUAGAAGGAUCCAUCAUUAACAGCCCUCAGCCGCAUCAACGCUUGCCCAUGGGGGGCGCUGUUCCUGGCUGCUAUGGGCUGGAAGACUACCGGCCUCACCGCCCCAUCCUGAGCCCCGGAGUAGGGGUGGGGGGUGGGCCGGGGCAACUUCACAACGCCGUAGGCAAUAUGGGCGGGGUCCCUGGCAUCAGCGAUCGAGGUGGGGGGCCGGGGAGCAGUUCUGGAGGGAGCAAUUCCGGUUCCUUCCUGGGCUCUCUGUUUGGGAGCAAGCGUGCCAAACCCCCUGCUCCCCUUACUCCCCCUGGGCCACAUUACCCGGCCCCCGUGCCACCUCCUACUACAGGAGGGCCGCCGCCUCCAUCCCCCUCCGCCCUCAGCCAGUCAGAUCCAGGUGGGCCAUCCAAGAUCCAAGCGCUGCACGCUCAGUACUGUCACAACAACUUUGGCCAGCCUCCGCCCCCUUACCACCAUCAUCAUCGGUACCAUAUGCAGGCCGUCGCCCCUGGCCAUCCGCCCACUAUCCAUCAUACCCUACAUCGAGGGUCCCUCCCACGGCGCGGGCCGCCCGUUCCUUCACACGCCCAGUUCCAGCAGCAGCUAUCCCAUCAUGCUCUGCAGCAAGGCCGCUACGGCAAUAUGGCCUGCACCCCUCCGCCUCUGUCCCCGCAUUCGCCCAAUUCCCCCAUCGCCCCUUUCACCUUCUACCACAUGCAUCCCAAUCCCAUACGCCACGUACGGAUGCCCGGUCCUACCGGCAAGCUUCCUCUCACCCUGUCUCACUCUCAGCCCCACCCUCACGCCCACUCCCACGUUCACUCUCAUGCCCACAGCCAUCUCGUCCACGCCCACAGCCCACACCCCUUACUGGAUCACUCCGCCCAUCAAACUCACUUCGUUUUCUCGCCGCCCCCUCAGGCACCAUCCGCUAUCACCGCCCGCCACAUACCCCAGGGUGCCACCCACUACAUCCCGCAGUAUCCACCCCUCUCCUCCAUCCCACCUCCUCCACCACAUUCCCCGUUACCUCCACCUUCGUCCCCACAUACCCCCCUCACCCCUCUUACCCCGCUCUCACCACUGACCCCGCAGCUCCCAGGACCCAUGGGGGUGCAGUCGGGUGGCCCAGGGGGCGGAGGAGGAGGCGGAGCCAGCAACAGCAGCACGGUCGGCAGCUCCAAAUCCAAACUUAUCAACCGUAUCAGCACGGUGGUGUGAGGGUGAACCGCGGCAGAGGGCGCAGGGUCCCAACGCAGAGGAGCCGGAGCCCAGGCAAGAGGAAGCACACCAUACUCAGACUCUGUUACUUCCAUAUCCGCUUCCCUCACAUGUAGAGCGGGAAUCCUGGCCGGCUACAUGCUCAUUGCCAGCCUGAACGGCCUCUUGCUGUUGGCUGCCAUUCAAAACAAAGGCUGUGUAACAGCAUCAAAUCUCUGUCUGAAGAUCUAAGAAGCCUAAUGGAGACAAUGGUGAAGCAGGUGAAGUGUAUUUUAAGAGUUUGAGUUGAAAUUGACAUGCAUCGCUGCCAAAUGAAUAGGUUACCGGGAGAAAGGGGGUGCCAAUUUAUGUUGGACUGAUGAUCUGGAGUUUAAGAGACCAAGUUUGACCGUACAGAAGUCAGAAGACGACAAUGGUGAACUCUUUAAACACUCAACAUGGAGACGAAACUGGACAGAUGAGUGCAAAAUAUAAAAGAAACUGAACUUUUUCAUUCGUAAUCUUUUCGGUUUUCAUGUGUCUCAGAUGACAAUCAUUUCAGGGUCAGUCAGAAAAUGUUUGCUUGAUACAUUCCUCAAAAUUAUCAAAUGUAUUCCUCAGCGCAUAAGAAGGGCCAGCAUGCACUUAGGGGGAUGCCAAACACUAUGUUUGUCAUCUUAAAAGAGACUUUUAUUUUGCCCUUUGAGUGAAAGGACAGGAUUGGAACUGCUGAGAAAACUUACAUCACUACACAGGGAAAAAAAAACAUUAUUUUGAAUCUAUUUGACGAAUGUUUUAUAUUUUAUUUUUUGUUUUGUUUUGUCUUGAAGAGGCUGGGCAUCCGGUUUGCAAUAAGUCAGUAAAAACACUUUUUUGAAGACCUCAGUGAAGUCAUUAUGUCAUUUGCGCCAAACAGAAUGUGUAGAAAGAGAUUUUAAAUUGUUUGGUUGAUAUUUUGUUCUUUUGUUUUGUUGCUAUUAUAUAAGACAAUUAAGCAUACAAACCUAAAUGCAAAGUACACAAAAGAGUCAUGACUAAUAGCAACCAAUAAUCAGGACAUAGAUCAGCGCCUCCUCUAUUUAUUUCCUGCCACCUGUUACCUCAGCAUCUCUCUUUCCCUUUUUUAGCAUCACCAUUUCACUAUUAUUUUCAUCUUGUCAACUUAAACAAUCUCGCCUGACCAAUAAAACAUUUAUAUUUGGCAAUUCAUCACAUAACCUUAGUGCCUACUGUAAAGGUUUGUCAUUGGAGGUUUGAGAUCAGUGUGAUACUUUCUCUGGAUGACCUGUUGGAGGAGCAGGGUGUUUGUAUAGAGUGUCAUUGAAAUUUUGAAGUGAAAUCUGUACUUAUGGGCUUGGUUUUGUACAACUUCGGCGGUCAAAAUGUGUUACAGAUAUCUGAAAUAUUUAGAAGUAACUGAAUUUUAAAAAGAACAUCUGGAUAUGGGUGAUUUUAAUAGGUUACUUUAUUACUAUUAUGAUGUCAAAUACUGCUGAAUAUACUGAAGAAUAUAAUUCUUGCUAUUUUUGGUGUAAAAGCUACUACUAAUAUAAUACAUGGAUAUGUUUUAGCAGAGUGCCGUGCUGAGUGUUUUCUAAGAGCUUUUUUUAGACAGACCAACAGGCUAGUUUUUUUUUUUUUCUUUUUUCUUGGGGGGUGUACAAUUAAUGUUUAGCAAACUAAUUGGACUGCUAAUUUCAGGUAAAUGUUUUGCAGCAAGUUUGUAAAACUAUAUUAUCCACGUAAAAGCUAUAUGAGCUGUGUAAAACUCAUUGUUGCCAGAAGCCAUACACACUUGAGCAACUCGCUCUUUUAAUAUUGUGAAUUUACGCUGAGUUGCAUGUCCAAUGUCAGUGCCCUCUUAUUUUUUUAUAUGAAAGCGUAUUUAGGGGACUUACAUUUACACACAAGCACACUCAUUCACACUGAGAAGCUGUAAAAGCAUCUUUAAAUGUGAAGAUCUUUUUGCUGAAAGUUUCUGGUUUUGCACAUACACAAGUUAAAGAUCAGUGCCUAGGAUCCGAAGCUCCAAUACCAUCUGUGUCCCUCCAAACAGUCCCUUUCUCUUUCCUUACUUCCCCCCUCUUGACAACCAAAAUGGGCCGUUCUCUCUCCAUUAAGCAGAAUCAUUCACAAUAUUACAUUAGUGAUGUGUUAAUGUUGAGUUUUUUUUAUACUUAUAAAAUGUUAACAUUUUUUAAAAGUCCUACAAGGAUGAAGACAUCUUAAAUAAGAUGAUUAAUCUCUGCUGCUAGGCCCAGCCAUUUAUGUUUUAUUUAUUUAUUUUUCAUUAUUUUCUUUGCCUAUAUAAAUCAUGUUGAGUCAAACUACAAUACUGCUUAUUCAGGUAAUGGAUUCCAGUACUUAAAAUCUGCUAGCAUUACCCAUAUCCGGAAACCUUAAAGGGUUAGUUCACCCAAAAAUGAAAAUUAGCUUGUGUUUUACUUACCCUCGAA